AUGAAAGAUAUCUCCAAUUCGAUGAAAAACGAACGUACUUAUAGUUUAGUUCAAAUUAAUGGUUUAUCAAUGCAACCAACCUUAAAUCCAAACACAUCUAAACUAAAAAAAGAUAUUAUCAUUAUUAACAAUCAUCAAAAAACGUUUAAAAAAGGUGAUUUAGUUUUACUUUAUCAUCCAUCAGAUCCUAAAAUUCUUUUAUCGAAAAGAAUUAUUGGAUUAGAAGGAGAUAUAAUUAAACCAAUCCAACCACACAAAGAUUCGUUUGUAAGGAUUCCAUUGGGUUAUUGUUGGAUAGAAGGAGAUGAUCCAUUUCAUUCACAAGAUAGUAAUACAUUCGGACCGAUUCCAAUCGGAUUGAUUUCUUCUAAAUUAGAGAUCAUCAUUUAUCCAUUCAACUAA